CAGUAUGUAUACAGCUGUUACAUAACCACCCACCCACUGUAACCUUGCACGUGUAUAAAUGACAGAGAGGCAACAAGGUAACAGACAUUUGGAGCUGAACGUGACAGAGACUCAGGAUGGAUAAAGGCUGCCUCAAACUCUCCCUGGUCCUUGUUAUAAUCUGGGCCUGUGCCUACCACACAGAAGCUUCACUUUCCCUGCACAUGGACGACUUCAUCAGGGCAGUGAAACAGGUAGAAGAUGAGAUGAACCCUGGAGCAAAGCCAGUGGCUGUGUUGAAGAGGCUGCGAUGGGUCGCUGGUUUACAGGACCCGUUCAUUCAGCACUUCCUGGGUAAUGUGGAUUCCAGUGGUUCUGAAAUGGACGCCGGGCUUUUGAGUUACAUCAGAAAGGCUGUGCAACACAAGGUGACGGCUGACGGCAGAGAGGAAGGUGUGGUUCUGACCUCUGAGGGCACCACUGUUGCCCUCAGGCCGCUGCUCCUGGGCAUCGAGGCUGGGUUCAUCUCCAGGUUCAGUGAGCGAGUUCGAGGCCUGCACCAGCUCACUCUGGCCAAGGACCUCGGCCUUGCUCUCACACACAGCUCUAAUCUGACCCAGCGUGUGGGACCUGAUGGCUGCUGGGACAGUUUAACCGCUCCUCGAGUCUUCACUCUCUCUGACACCCCCACUCUGCUCACCGCUGCUCACGUCAACGGAGGCAUGGACGGUGUGGUUCUGGGGAUGGGGGUCAAAAUCAGAAAUCCUCUCAGGCUGAGCAGUCUGCUGACAGAGUACUACUGCCACCAGCUGGACAACCGAGGACUGGACGCUGCCCCGCGUCUCAUCAGCCGCCGCCGCAGGGACAACUUCAGAGAGUUGGUCCUCCCUCCAGUGCUCACCAGACAUGUGGUGAAAUCACAAGAGCUGCAGCAGAGGCUGAAGAUGCAGCCACAGAUGGAGGUGAAGGAGAAGAAGCAGCUGAUGGCUGCGGUGAAGGAGGGCAUGAAAGAGUUUGUCCACAUGUUCAUGGACUGCCCACCCAUCAUUCCCCGGUGCAUGUGGGAUGCAGCACCUUACAGAGGAACACCCACCAACCUGUCUCUGCCUCUCUCCUUCAUGUACAUCCACCACACUUCCACACCGGGUGAGCCGUGUCUCACCUUCCAGCAGUGUUCUGCUGACAUGCGCUCCAUGCAGCGGUUCCACCAGGAGGACCGAGGCUGGGACGACAUAGGAUACAGCUUUGUGGCAGGCUCUGAUGGACACAUCUACGAGGGCAGGGGCUGGCACUGGCAAGGAGCUCACACUCUUGGACACAACUCAAUAGGCUAUGGUGUUUCCUUCAUCGGAGACUAUACAGCGAGUGUGCCUUCCUCGCAUUCCAUGGCACUGGUGAGGGAUCGACUGGCAUCCUGUGCUGUCGGCGGUGGGCGACUGAAACCCAGCUUCAUCCUGCAGGGCCACAGACAGGUGGUGAACACUUCCUGUCCUGGAGACGCUUUCUUUCACGAGAUUAAAAGCUGGCAGCACUUUGGGGAGGUCGAGAAUUGAUCAUCUGCGGGCAAGAGGAAGACACUUGGAUGAACAAAACAUCACAAAAUAAACGUUUGAUACAC